ACCACAUCCACUGCUAAAACUCCCAUCUUAUCUUUCUGUCCCCUCACUGAAGCUGAAGUAUCCAAGCUUCUCCUCUCCAACCAUCCUACAACAUGUCCUCUUGACCCAAUCCCCUCACACCUUCUCCAAGCAAUCUCACCCACGCUCUUACCGGCACUCACACACAUCAUCAACACAUCCCUCCUCACAGGCAUCUUCCCCACUGCGUUCAAGCAGGCUCGGGUAACCCCACUGCUCAAAAAACCUAUAGAAACUUCUCUUAUAGAAAACUACAGACCUGUCUCUCUCCUUCCAUUCAUAGCGAAAACACUUGAACGAGUUGUCUUCAACCAAGUCUCACUGUUUCUUUCACAGAACGACAAACUGGACGCUAAACAGUCAGGUUUCAGGAGUGGCCAUUCAACUGAGACUGCGCUUCUCUCGGUCACUGAAGCCCUGCGAAUUGCAAAAGCCCAUUCCAAAUCAUCAGUCCUCAUUCUGCUGGAUCUAUCUGCCGCUUUUGACACUGUCAAUCAUCAGAUACUCCUGUCCACCCUCUCAUCACUGGGCAUCGCUGGCAUUCCACUUCGCUGGUUUGAAUCCUAUCUCACUGAUGAUCCAACGGUAGCUGCACGGAUCUCAGGCUGCCUGGCGGACAUCUCGGCAUGGAUGAAAGAACAUCACCUGCAGCUCAACCUGGCAAAGACUGAGCUUCUUGUCUUUCCUGCCACUCCGACUCUACAGCAUGACUUCACGAUCCAGUUAGGUUCAUCAACAAUAACCCCAUCAAAUUCGGUCAGAAAUCUUGGUGUAAUCUUUGAUGAUAAGCUGACCUUCAAAGACCACAUUGCAAAGACUGCUCGAUCUUGCAGGUUUGCACUAUACAACACCAGAAUGAUCAGGCCCUUUCUGACAGAGCAUGCUGCACAACUUCUUGUCCAGGCCCUUGUCAUUUCUAGGCUGGACUAUUGCAAUGCUGUUCUGGCUGGACUUCCGUCAAACACAGUCAAACCUCUACAAAUGAUUCAGAAUGCAGCGGCACGACUGGUCUUCAACGAGCCCAAAAGAGCCCAUGUUACACCUCUCUUUAUCUCCUUGCACUGGCUACCGGUCGCGGCUCACAUCAAGUUCAAGACACUGAUGCUUGCAUAUAGAACAACCACAGGCUCAGCACCCGCUUACUUGCACUCUCUAUUAAGAAUCUACAUCCCCUCCAGAAAUCUGAGAUCUGCUAGUGAGCGACGCCUCGUGAUACCAUCACAGAGAGGCUCAAAAUCACUCUCCAGAACAUUCUCGUUCACCAUUCCUGGCUGGUGGAAUGAUCUUCCCACCCCUAUCCGGAAUGUUGGAUCCCUGUCAAUCUUCAAGCAACAACUGAAAACUCAUCUCUUUCGACAGCACUUGACUUCAUCCUAAACUUAAAAAAAAAAAAAAAAAAUCUUUCUCUUUACUUAUUCCUUCCUUUGGUAGUUUGUACUUAU